AUGAGCAAAGCUCACCCUCCCGAGGUGAAGAAAUUUAUGGACAAGAAGUUAUCACUGAAAUUAAAUGAUGGCAGACAUGACCAAGGAAUAUUGUGGGGACUUAACCCCUUUAUGACUCUUGUGAUAGAUAAAUGUGUGGAGAUGGCAACUAGUGGGCAACGGAACAACACUGGAAAGGUGGUAAUACGAGGAAAUAGUAUCACCGUGUUAGAAACCUUGGAACGAGCAUGA